AUGUCGAGUUCCCCGUUUAUUCUUCCUGUUGUGCUUCUGGUUGAGCUUCUACUUCAUUGUGGUAAACUUUGUGUUUAGUGUGUCACAAACAUCUACAGACAUAUCUAUUGCAGCUUACAUCCGGUUUGCUGUUUAUGUCCUGUAUUUAUAACAGACUCAGCGGCGUGGACAGGGUAUUGAAACGGUGUUUAGGUCGACGGCUGAGCAUCCAAAGGUUACGCAUUAUUUUAUUAGUAUUAUUAUAUCAAGUUAUUGUUGUAUUACUGUUAUAAAUCAGGGUAAUUGUUGUAUUAUAUUAUAAUAUCAGGUAAUUGUUGUAUUAAUAUUAUAAUAUCAGGUAAUUGUUGUAUUAAUAUUAUAAUAUCAGGGCAUUGUUGUAUUAAUAUUAUAAUAUCAGGGCAUUGUUGCAUUAAUAUUUUAAUAUCAGGUAAUUGUUGUAUUAAUAUUAUAAUAUCAGGUAAUUGUUGUAUUAAUAUUAUAAUAUCAGGGCAUUGUUGUAUUAAUAUUAUAAUAUCAGGGUAAUUUUGUAUUAAUAUUAUAAUAUCAGGGCUUUACUGUAAAUUAGCGAAACUGGGUAUGGAGGAAACCUAAAAAAAAAGAAAGAACGCAACAAAACAACGAACGUGUCGGCAAGAAGCCUUCAUCUGCGAACAAACAACAGUAAAAAAAAAAACAGAAUUAAAUAAAAAAUAACACUUAGUUGUAAUGUAGUAUCCCAGAGGACAUCAAGAGGAAUGUGUUAUUAUUGUAUUAUUACUACAACAAACCUCAUAGAAUUAUCGUGUUACUAUUAGAAUCUUAUGACAUUAUUUGAAGUAUUUUUAGAAUCUCAGGGCUUUAUAUUAUCAGUAUUCGAAUCUAAAAAAAUAAGAAAUGUAACAAUGGCAAAGAAAUUGUAAUUGAUGCAUAAAAACACCACAAUUGACUCGAUCUCUUCUGCCGUUUCAGUUGCGAAAUUUAAUUUAUAAAACUUUGGCAAAAUUAAUUUUUACAAAAAAAAUAGGCAAACACAAUCCUUGCUCAUCGCCUUUGUCCAUGUCUCCUCUCUCUCGUCCUGUUUCUCUAAUUAAUUUUGGUCAAGCGAAAGGGGUUGACGCACAACCCCUAGGCUACACCCCCGCAUACCAAUGUACCUACUGAACUAAACAUUCUUACGGCCUUUUUUUCCUUUAAAGCUAGCCUUUGUUGUCCCGUUAAAAUCAAUAAUGUCUAUGUGUAAUAGAACUGGCGCUCGGGGUAUUGAAAUUCACUUAUCUUUUUUAAUACAGUUGUUUCGAAAUCUCACAAGACGUUCCUGUUAUACAUUAUUUCGGCUAAUGUUAGAUAUUAUUUAUAUUCUCAUUUGAAAAAUAUUCUAAGAAUUGUUAUCUAAAAGUUUGAAGAAGAGUGUAUGAAUCUGGCGUAAUUUAUUUUCUAACCUACAUUCGCAGGCGUAUCCAUUCCAGGUGUACUCUUGGGGAAUGUUUGCGGCACUUGAGGCUGUGAGGUUAUGCUGUUUUGUGUACAUGAAUUGGGUGUCUGUUUGUGUCACCUGUGCUUUAGUGUCACCUGUGCUUUAGUGUCACCUGUGCUUUAGUGUCACCUGUGCUUUAGUGUCACCUGUGCUUUAGUGUCACCUGUGCUUUAGUGUCACCUGUGCUUUAGUGUCACCUGUGCUUUAGUGUCACCUGUGCUUUAGUGUCACCUGUGCUUUAGUGUCACCUGUGCUUUAGUGUCACCUGUGCUUUAGUGUCACCUGUGCUUUAGUGUCACCUGUGCUUUAGUGUCACCUGUGCUUUAGUGUCACCUGUGCUUUAGUAACACCUGUGCUUUAGUGUCACCUGUGCUUUAGUAACACCUGUGCUUUAGUGUCACCUGUGCUUUAGUGUCACCUGUGCUUUAGUGUCACCUUUGCUUUUACGGGCGAGCCAGUGGUAAGUGUGUCACCAAAGCCUUGGCAUCUUAACCCUUAAUUUGUAACAGGACACAAACAUAAUUCAUGAGCACAUCUUCUGUGGAAUACUCAAUUUCACGGAAAUUGACAAAACUACCCCGAGAAAUGUUGUGCGUCAAUUCAUUACAAGAAAAUUUAUUUUUAUGAGUAAGUUUGUCAAAUGAGUCAUGGGUCGACUCACAAAUUGACACAUUUGAAUGGUGGAGUGAACCCAUCCACAUGGAUUGGUGGAAGGAGCUUGUCCACAUUAAUUGGUGAAAGGAGUUGUCACUGAUUGGUGGAAGGGACUUGCCCACAUUGAUUAGUGGAAGUAAUUCGUGCACAUUGAUUGCUGUUAGGGACUUGUCCACAUUGAUUGGUGGAAGGAAGUCGUGCACACUGAUUGGUGGAAGGAAGAGGUUCACACAGAUUGGUGGAAUGAACUUGAUCAUCCAGCAAAGUAUCUCUUGUUGGAGAGACAGAAAACUUUGUGACUGGCAAUAUACGACUAUUGCACACACGUACUGACCAUGACCUACUGGAUACAGAUUAGCCAUGACUUACUAAAUACUCGUACUGACCAUCACCUACUGGAUGCACGUACUGACCAUGAGCUAUUGGAUGCACGUACUGACCAUGAGCUACUGGAUACACAGAAUAGCCAUGACCUACUGGAUACUCAUACUGACCAUGACCUCCUGGAUGCACGUACUGACAAUGAGCUAUUGGAUACACAAACUGACCAUGGGCUACUAGAUACAAGUACUGACCAUAAACCAUGAGAUACACGUACUGACCAAUACAUCAUACAAACCCAAAUAUUCAGGCAAAGUCGGAUGAAAUGAUUCGAUUUAAUGCUAGACACUGUGGAAAGUUUACAUUAUGUGUAUCAACCAGGAAUUUUUUUUUAGAGAAUAUCGACCACAACGUCCGACAAGUUAUGUCAUCAAUGAAACAGUUUUUUUUUAAAGGCGACUAUAUAUCACUCUUUAAAAAAUGGGUUUUGUUGGUGGCUAGUAGUUACUUUUACAUUGGGGGGGGGGGAGUGGGGGAGAUGUUAGAUUUGGUUUCUGAAUGUUACCAGGUCGGGGAAAAAAAUGGGAGCAAGAUUUUGAAAAGAAAGUUAAUAUUAAACAAUUAAGCUUGGGGGUUUUUCCGCUUGUUCACCUUAAAAACUUUAAAAAAUGGGUUUUGUUGGUGGCUAGUAGUUACUUUUACAUUGGGGGGGGGGGAGUGGAGGAGAUGUUAGAUUUGGUUUCUGAAUGUUACCAGGUCGAGGAACAAAAUGGGAGCAAGAUUUUGAAAAGAAAGUUAAUAUUAAACAAUUAAGCUUGGGGGCUUUUCAGCUUGUUCCACUUAUAAAUAUUUAGCAUGUCCUGAAUGAACGGUUUCGUCAGUUCAUUGGUUUCCUCGUUAAACGUUUAGUAUGUCUCGCAGUGUGUCCUUAAGGCCCGCUUGUAAUAAGCUCACAGGGCGUACAGCAGUGCUAAAAAUAGACAGACCAGGAUAUAUAGGUCAAACAAAACACAACAAAUACAAAACACAAAAACCGAAUUCAAUUUCCCUGUAAAGAUCCCCGUCAUUUUCUAGGGAAAUUACGUUUCUUUCAGAAAUGGACAAAUGCCAUUACUCAAGUUCAUCACAGUGAUUCCCAACUUUUUAAUUCUGGUUACCACGGAGACAACAUCAAGCCCAGCAAUAAGAAGAACCACCACCUGGCGUUCGGUGUAAAACUUCUUUGGGCCCCAUUUAUGACUCAAACUUACUUUACAUCCUGUACGUACUAUUUUAGGCAAGUUUACCUCUCAAGAUAGUAGGAAAGGUUACCUCUCAAGAUAGUAGGCAAGGUUACCUCUCAAGAUAGUAGAAAAGGUUACCUCUCAAGAUAGUAGGCAAUGUUACCUCUCAAGAUAUUAGGCAAGGUUACCUAACAAGAUAUUAGGCAUGGUUACUUCUCAAGAUAUUAGGCAUGGUUAUCUCUCAAGAUAGUAGGCAAGGUUACCUCUCGAGAUAGUAGGCAAGGUUACCUCUCAAGAUAGUAGGCAUUGAUUACCUCUCAAGAUAGUAGGCAAGGUUACCUCUCGAGAUAGUAGGCAAGGUUACCUCUCAAGAUAGUAUGCAAGGUUACCUCUCGAGAUAGUAGGCAAGGUUACCUUUCAAAAUACUGUUUCAAAAAGUCACAUGCACACUAACGAGCUUAGGGAAAUGUCAAGUUGACUUGUUUUUUUUGUUUUGUUUUUGUCUUAGUUUUUCUUUUCGACAAACAACACGAGGGGUGGUGGUGGUGGGGGUGGGUGAGCCUGCUCUGUGUAUAAAUAACGGUGUUGACGGUGGCCGGCGUAGAUGUCCACUCUCUUGUUCGACGGUAACAAUUUAAGACGGUCACAUAGUAUUGAAAGCAGGUACAUUAACAAGGAGAGAGAAACUAAAAUCGAAAGAGAGAGAGAGACAACAAGACAGCGUGAAGCAAUACUUAGACAUCGGAACGAUCUGACGCUCGUUACACUUUUCGGGGGACGUCCAAACAGGGGAAUCAUGUACGUAUUUGAUAUUACAUUUUUGUUAGCGCUACAAUUGAGACUUGAUCGAGUUAUAAGGCUGUUUUCAAAUUUUUUCAUUCCUAUCACGCAUUCUGAACUCUACUUGUUUUAUCAAACGUAUCAAAGCUAUGGACCCAGCAUAUCUGAUCGGCACUUAACAUGUGUUUAAGAAACAACUCUAAAAAUUCGUACAAACUUUAUUUAAUAGGAAUUCCGUUUUUGACAAUUUAAUUGCAAUUUUUUCUUCAUAUUUAUAUAUAUAUAUAUAUAUAUAUAUAUAAUAUAUCAGCAGGAUCCAAUGUAGAUGCGUUUCGCUAAUUUCAAUAGCGCGAAAAAUAAAAUUCCCCAAAUGUGCAACAAACAGCGCGCAAAUGUGUGUUCAAUAUGCGCGUAAGAGACACGUCCUUCAAUGUGCGCGUAAGAUACACCUUGUAAUUCUAAAAGUAAAUGGGAUUCUUAAAAACAAUAAAAGUUAUUUUUGCUUAUUGUAUUAAAAUGGAAUCCAAAUGAAUCUGAUAAAAUAAAUCUGCUUCUGGUUACAGUAAAGUAUAUCUAAUCUUUAAUUAUGUAUCGAUUAUUAUUUUUAUAAAUGAGAAAUAAAUAUUUACAUCAUAUCAUAUAUUUAGUGUUUAUCGGAUGAGGAGAGUUAAGCUAGUUUUAAAAAAAAAAUGGGGGAGGGGGUUGGAGGGGGGGUUGGAGGAGGGGGUGGGGGGGUGGUUGACUGCGAUUUUUAAACUUAACCACAGACAGCGCAAGUUACGCGACAGUUAAGUUGGCGUAUUUGAUGAGUAUAGCAAUAUCUCAGAGCCCAAAUAUAUAUUACACACCGGCCAUUGACAAAUUGAUAGAUUUAAACUAAAUAAAUAACGUAUAUAAACUUUUUCGGAAAACCCAUUGCAAGUGGGCGGGCGGGGGGGGGGGGGGGNUACCUAUACCACUAUUUAAGUAUACCUAUACCACUAUUUAAGUAUACCUAUACCACUAUUUAAGUAUACCUAUACCACUAUUUAAGUAUACCUAUACCACUAUUUAAGUAUACCUAUACCACUAUUUAAGUAUACCUAUACCACUAUUUAAGUAUACCUAUACCACUAUUUAAGUAUACCUAUACCACUAUUUAAGUAUACCUAUACCACUAUUUAAGUAUACCUAUACCACUAUUUAAGUAUACCUAUACCACUAUUUAAGUAUACCUAUACCACUAUUUAAGUAUACCUAUACCACUAUUUAAGUAUACCUAUACCACUAUUUAAGUAUACCUAUACCUCAAUACACAAUGAAGUUGGGAGGUGGAAAGUAUUGGAUAAGUACACCGUUACAUCGUAAUUUUCCGUUGUUUUUUUUUCCCCAAGUGCUCAUUUUAGGGCGGAUGAUAACAAUAUGCUGUAUCAAGAAUAAUAUUUGUUACAUUUUACAAUCGACAUGUUUAAUGCGAAAGACAGAUUUCGACAUUGUUACGUUUAUAACAAUAUCGAUAAACCCAAUAAUUUUACAUGCAUCAAAGUUUAAUCUUUAAAAAUAGAGCUAUAUAAAUUUUUUUUUUUCAGUUACCAAAAAUACAAUCCAGGAUCGUGAAAAGCGAUUUGUUUAUAGAUCUUCUUUAAAAUGUCUAUUAAUGUGUGUCCCUUUAUUUUGAUAAAAAUGCAUUUCAUCGAAAAGCGCGAUUAACAUUGUAUGGCAAUCCUAGUUCUAGAUCAUUAAAAACACACAGCUUUUGGCGGCACGAACAUUGCUUAAGAAACUCUUCUUUACAUUUGUCGACAUCAUAGUUCAAGUGGGAUUCAAAAUGUGUGUGUUUUUUUUUAUAAAUUUGUAAUGAAGUUACUACUAAAUAAAAAAAUUGUUACAAAUAGUUAAGAUGGUGCAUACAUUUUGUUGAAAUUUUUAUUAAAUAUUAUCCAUGGAGUUCAGGGGCGGGAACAAGAGUGGAGUAGAAAGUAGAAGAUACACGGUUCCAAAACUUUUAAUUAUGUAAGAAACGUUGAAAGCUAUUGGUAUGUAUUUUUUUUAAAGUGUGCUUUAAUAUUUCAUAAUUAAACAUUUCAAGGGCAUGGAAAAAAAUUGUAGCAAUUGUUUUUGUCUUGAGGAUACAAUACAUCAAAAUUGAAUUCUGUUAGAACGUAAAAAUUAGAACUGUAGAUGUUGAGACUUAGAAAUAGCAGGUAGAAAGUAGUCCCAUUUUGGCCUCCAUUAUUAUCCCGGUAAUAGCGGGUCUUUUUUUUUUUCUAGUGUUUAUUCUUUAGAAACCCAAUUACCUCAUUCCAAAGACGGUUUAUGUCAUAUUGUACCAGUGACCUUUUAAACUUACGAAGUUCAACUCACUGGCAAUACUUACUACCAGGACUCUUGAGAUUGAGUCAAAGAAUCUCGACACGGUCAGAAAUGCAAAAUAAAUUCUGUAUUCGGAAGUGUUCAUCCGAGUCGCGCUUUCGAAAUGACUUUGACCCAAACACGUCAACAAUUUUAGUCGUAUUCCCAGUCUUGAUUUGCCCUGUGGGAUUGACACGUCUUAUUUUCCCUUCAUUAAUAUAAUUAUACAAAUUGCCCUACCUAAUAGAAAUUGCUCUUGUAUUUAAAAAAAAAUACAAUCAAUUAUAAAUACUUUCGCAAAGAAUACUUUUAAAAUUUUAAACUGUCUCUCCACCAUAAUUUAUUUUUAUAAAGAUAUGAUCCCAUUUUACCUGACAGUGUCAAGUCCAUUCACGUCAAAGAUUGCAAUGAAUACUCCCAUCAAGAUGUCUGCAUUGACAUCCUGUCUGGUCUUAAUGGCAUGCCUGACCCCGACGUCAUGCAGCUCCAUAUCAGACCUGGAAUAUAUGAAGAUGAGGUCAGACCUGAUUUCACAAGAGGAGCACAUGAGAAUUGGGGGGAACCUGGUGUUGUCUCCCAAGGAAUGCAUCGUCAAUGACGUCUUCAUGAAGGUAUUUUAUCAAUCACCUUUUUAUCUCUGGGGGUUACCUUUAGACUAAUCUUUAAACUUAUCUUUAGACUUAUCUUUAGACUUAUCUUUAAAAUUAUCUUUAAACUUAUCUUUAGAAUUAUCUUUAAAAUUAUCUUUAGACUUAUCUUUAUACUUCUCUUUAAACUUAUCUUUAAAAUUAUCUUUAAACUUAUCUUUAAAAUACGCCUCUGAUUAUUGCAUUAAGCUUGUCCUCAAGGCCAUCUAGAAGAAGGGGAAUGACUCUAGCUACGUGUUGUUAUAGUUUUGGAACUCAAGAAACACGUUAAGAUUUUUAAUUUAGUAUAGAUCUCAGUUAAGGGGAUAGAGUGUUAAUUUUAGCAUAGAUCUCAGUUAAGGGGAUAGAGUGUUAAAUUUAGCAUAGAUCUCAGUUAAGGGGAAAGAGUGUUAAAUUUAGUAAAGAUCUAAGUUAAGGGGAUAGUGUUUUAAAUUUAGUAUAGAUCUACCUUAAGGCGAUAGAGUUUUCAAUUUAACAUAGAUCUGAGUUACAGUAAUAGAAUUUUAAAUUUAAUAUAAAUGUAAGUAAGGAUGCUACAGGUUUUGAAAUUAUACAGUGAUGAAAUGAAGAUAAUCAAAUAAAAUACGCUUAAGUUAACAACAAGAACUCGACUGGGAUAUAUCUUAAUCAUCUGUUACUAGAACAACAUUGGUGGGUUUUGAAACAUAAUGUCAUUGUUGAACACAACUCAAUAAUUGGAACUGCCAUUAACUUCUUUUGUGUCUUCGAAAAGGAAAAACGCCAGAUGAUAGAGAACAGUCUGCUCAACAAGACAGUGUUUAAAGUUGCUGACAGCAUUUACCUGUCUAAAGCGUUCAUUGAAGAGACCAAUGUAUUCAAGAUAAUUCAACGGAUGCCGAAAGGUAAUUUUCUUGAAUUCCGUGCAGAUGAGUUCAGGAUAAGAGUGAAACUUAAUAUACAUAAACGUAUAUGUUUUUAUUUUCAUCUAUCCAUUUCCACAUGAAAAGGCCCCGCGAAGGCCUUCAUCCGUCAGGGAGUUUCUAUAUCUGUUAACCAAGGCAAGAGAUCAAAGUACAAAUCUGUUGGUCAAAAGAAAUACAGAAAGAAAGACACACAGGCUAGCAUUUCUCCCCAACAAUCUACUCCUGAUUGUCUUAGAACAAGGUGUCGAUAGAGAUAAUUCAGUUACCUAUGUUUAUUUACCAGAUGAUGUUGACCUCUCUUAACCUGUAGAAUAGCUAGAAGGUGAGAGUGGGGGCAGCCGCCGCGUCUGAUUAUCAUCAAACGGGCCCUUCAGAGUCUAUGGCCUGCAUCACAACAUUGUCUGCCUGGACAAUACACGGCACAUCUUUUUUUUUUUUUAGGAACGAACCCGUUGUUAAUGUAAAUCAGAACAUGGAUCAUGUACCCAUCCUUGUCUCGCAAUCCCUGUCUCACCAUCUCUGUCUCACCAUCCCUGUUUCACCAUCUCUGUCUCGCCAUCCCUAUCUCAUCAUUCUUGUUUCACCAUCCCUGUCUCACCAUCCCAGUCUCACCAUCCCUGUCUCACCAUCCAUAUCUCACCAUCCAUAUCUCACCAUCCCUGUCUCACCAUCCUUGUCUCACCAUCCCUGUCUCGCCAUCCAUAUCUCACCAUCACUGUCUCACCAUCCCUGUCUCACCAUCCUUGUCUCGCCAUCCAUAUCUCACCAUCCCUGUCUCACCAUCCCUGUCUCGCCAUCCAUAACUGUCGCACCAUCCCAGUCUCACCAUCCCUGUCUCACCAUCCAUAUCUCACCAUCCCUAUCUCACCAUCCCUGUCUCACCAUCCUUGUCUCACCAUCCCUGUCUCGCCAUCCAUAUCUCACCAUCCCUGUCUCACCAUCCCUGUCUCACCAUCCUUGUCUCGCCAUCCAUAUCUCACCAUCCCUGUCUCACCAUCCCUGUCUCGCCAUCCAUAUCUCACCAUCCCUGUCUCACCAUCCUUGUCUCACCAUCCCUGUCUCGCCAUCCUUGUCUCACCAUCCCUGUCUCGCAAUCCGUGUCUCACCAUCCCUGUCUCGCAUCCCUGUCUCGCCAUCCCUGUCUCGCAAUCCCUGUCUCACCAUCCCUGUCUCGCCAUCCCAUGUCUCGCAAUCCUUGCCUCGAUCUCCCCAUGACACAUCUUUGGUGUCUGUCUGUAUACCGAUAUGACACCUCUAUAAUAUAUCAUCACUUCGAUAUGCCUUAUCCAGCACAGACUAAUUUUUAAAUGUCGAGACAAAUUGUAGGACCUCCUCAUACACGAAAACAUUUUUCUCGAUUAGUCCAGAUAGAUUCUCCACCAAUCAUUGUCCAAUUUAUGCACGUAGAUAUUCUGGACAUUUUCAUUUCUCAAAAUUUUGUAGGAAAGUUUUCACCUGUGUUGGAGAAGGAAGCAUCAGAUAAACUAUUACAAUACCAUAUAUGAUCCUUGAGCUGUUCAACGCGUGUCACUGAGAGUCAGUCAGGUGGAGGACGACGAACUCUGAUCUUAAAUAUGGUUGAAGGAAAGGAUGGAUAAUAUUUCAAGGAUGAAGCCUACUCAAAACAAGGCUGUGAUAAAUUACUUUUAAACGCCCACUGAUAUACAGAAUCCAUCCAUCCCUGUGGCGCUACAGCCCAUGUAGGGCUUUGGCCUGCCUCACCACUUCCUUCCACUCAGACCUAACUGAUGCCUUUCUUUUCCAUGCUUGGACUUUCAGCUACUGAAGAUCUUUUUCCACAUCAUCUAUCCACCUAAGCCUAGGUCUGCCUUUGAGCCUUUUUCCUCUGGGGUAUUGGUGAUGCACCCUCUUCAUUCUCUCUAGGUGUCCUUGAUAUACAGAAUACUCAUACAAAAAUACUACGAACAUUUUGUUUGCUUGUAUUGCUUGUUUCUGACUUUCAAAAAUAUAAUGUAUGCAUAUAAAUUUUAUUAAUUUAAUUAGUUGAAGUUAUUUUUUGUUGUAAUUUUGGAGAAUGCGAGUGGUGGUUUUUCAAAACCACGCCAUUCUAUGACCAGUGGUGGUUAGUCAAAACCUGGCUAUUGCACAGCUAAUGGUGGCUAGUCAUUUAUUCGCGUACUUGAUCAAUGACUGAAUCCAGAAACAAAAACAAAAAAACUAACAUAAUUCUCGGUGACAUUUCGAUGUGUUAACUUUUUGUCCAGGAGCUGCCCUACAUAAUCAUGACCAGUCCAUGGUGAGCGCCCAGUGGAUUGUGAAGAAUGUCACCUACCGAAAUAACGUGUUCAUGUGUGCAAGAAAUGGCUCUCUUAUAUUUAAAGUCCUCAACCAUUCCAGUGCAGAUGUGGGUACGUAUUUUCACCUUUGAUUGCUCUGAGAAGGUCAAAGGUGGUGUCGGUGGUAAACGUUUGGUCCUGGAGUCUGUCAUGCUUUUGCAAUUUAAAAAUGCAACAAAAAUCAUCGGAACACUAAUACACUUCCCCCCCUCCCCCCCCCCCACACACACACCUCGUUUUAAUAAAAGAAAGCAACAACAAAGUGAUAUUAAUACAAAAUUAAUAAAAAUGUUCUUCACUUUAAAUCUGUAUACAAUGUCGAAAUGUAUUGAUUGCUCUGAGAAGGUCAAAGGUGGUGUCGGUGGUAAACGUUUGGGCCUGGAGUCUGUCAUGCUUUUGCAAUUUAAAAAUGCAACAAAAAUCAUCGGAACACUAAUACACUUCCCCCCCCCCCCCCCCCCCACACACACACCUCGUUUUAAUAAAAGAAAGCAACAACAAAGUGAUAUUAAUACAAAAUUAAUAAAAAUGUUCUUCACUUUAAAUCUGUAUACAAUGUCGAAAUGUGAUUUCACCAACAACAACUUUUUAAACCUUGAAAUUGUUAUAGUGAAAGCAAAUAUGGUGACUGUAAACAUCUCUCUCUACGCAGCAUGUCUCUGGAAAUCCGUCAUGGAAGAAAGAAAGGCAUCGGGAAAUCCCGACAAAUUUGAUGACUAGUAAGUAGAGCAGAAGUUAUAUAUAUAUAAUUCGCCAGCAAAGGUCAAACACCACCACGCAGGCUAUUUAUAGAUACGCCAGAGUGUGGUUAAAUAAUGAGUUCACUAGCGCGCAAAAUAUAAUUCCCGAUAACUACGCUAAAUGAUAUGUAUAUAUAUAUUUAAUAACGCAAUUGCGUUUGGUGUGUAAUAUUUUCUUUUCGGAAAUGAAAUCGUCUCAAUUUAAGUGUUGUGUAAAAAAAUAUUCGGUUUAAAAGUGGUUGUGACAUGAGAAUAUUAUUAUAGUUCAUGGACGUGAAAUAAAAUGAUUGCAGUGACGUAUCAUGGGGGGAAGGGGUGUAGCAAAUAUUGAGAUUCUUAAAUGUGCGUAACUUGAGUUCACGUUUUUGUCAAGUAACUUUAGUAGAUGGGAAGUUCACGCAUUGCUGUCGCCAAUGUUUGGCGUGCUCCAUCUAGUUAAUUUAAUUUAGUACUGCGGGUAGAAGCCUUUAUAAUUAUUUUUUUUUAAUCAUGAGGUUCGAAGGUAGUCACAAUGUUCUACUCCGAUUACUACAUAUUAAAUCAUGCAGCUUAGAAACAUCUAUAGACAUUUCUUCAAACAGAAAAAUGUCUCAAUAUUUCUCCCCAGCACCGAAGUCACUAAGAUGUGAGCCUCGAAAGUGUUUGUAAAAUUGCAUUACAAUUCUCCUUAACACUCAGAUAAAGAAGGAUACCCUACUCUCUAGGCAUCAACUUGUCAUCUUUUUUAAUAUUUUAUUAUUUAGUUAUCCCCUUCGUACUCUCUCAUCUUUAAUCCUAUAUAUGAAUAGUCUUCUACAGAAUCUGAGCAUGCUGGCUACUGAUCCACUGGUCACGUAUGUAGACAGCCAGGCCGCCUGGGUUAGAUUCAUACGAUUUUUCACACAGGUAUUGUUGAUGUCUGUUUGGGAGUGUAAAAAAAAAAAAAAAAACUAGUAAAAAAAAAAGAUAUAGGCUCUAAUAUAUAUUAACCAAAUUUACUCCGUCAUAUGACGCCAUGCAUGAUAAUCCUCUAGUUGUAAUUCAUAAACUGCCAUCAACUUUAAUCUACUCCCUAGAAAAGCGGUUUUUUUUUUUUUUACUAUUGAAAUGUGAGUUUCAAAUAUUUAAAUAAAUCUAGUUUUCGUCAAUAAAUUGUUAUUGUUCAGUUAUGAUAUGUAAUCAUUUAUACACUUUCUUUAUUGUUAAACGAAUUACAGUGCAUUAAUUUUGUCAAUAGCUGUACCAGCAGGGCCGGCGUUAUGAUGGUGCGGGGUUAGGGGGGCCUUGGGACAUGUACGUUUUGAGAAGCCUUUAAAUGUUCAAAUCCUGUUUGAAAAAAAUAUUAAGACACUUCCAAGUCAUAACUAGUCUUACAGGUCAUAAUGGGAGAGGAAACCGGAAGACGCGCUAUUCGAUUAUCUGACCGUAUUGACUAAAUCGAAUCCAUACCAAGCCAGUGGAAUCUAGUUCAAUGCCAAGUAAAAUCAAACAUUUCUCCAGCACCCGGCUGGAUUGGAUGUCAACUUAUCUAAGAGAAGGCAAAGUAUGAAAUCGAACUCGGGGUUAGUAUAACGUAGACAUGGACUCAAUGAAAAAAAAAAUGUCCGACUACUCCUGCGUCGCAGAACGCACAAACAGCACAGUGAAACACACAAUACACACAGCUGGUCAACUACUGCACCAUGGUCUAUUUCCAGUCGUCUUGACUAAGUCUUGUCAUUAGAUUAAGUAUGAAAGGACGAGAGAGUGAGGCUGACGAAUUGAGCAACUCUCCCUCACUUUAAACAAAAUACAGCUCAGGUCAAGGCUAUUAUUCAAGUCGAAUUCAUAUCAUCUACUUUCGACUGUUGGGUUGACGGAAAAUAACGUACCAGGAGUAGGCACGGCCUGAUUAUAUUAUUAAUAUAUAAUAAUAUAAAGCUACGCGCGUCGCCACCACAUGCGCAGGGCCGUAGGCACGUCGUGAUUAUAUAAAUAAUACAGCGCCGGCCCUGGUACCUGUUAGCUGUCUAUCUUAACAAAUAUCUGUUUUGGAAACUAUCCCGUAAAGAAACUCAUAUCUUCUGAAGGUCAGAGGUCUGCUGUAUCACGUGCCCAUCUUCCGAGACAUGGUCUAUAGAACGCUGGAGGAGUUCCGGGAGGCAAAUGUUCAAUACCUUGAAAUAAGAGGUGACUUCACUGGGGUGAGUGGCUAGGAGUGUUAUGAAGUGAUGGCAGUAUCGUGGGAACUGAUUGAACCUUAUCAAAAUAAUGAAACUAAAUGUAUUUGUCAAGAACAAAAUUAUUGUAUAGGGGGGCUAUUAAAAAAAAUUGUAAUACAUGACUUAUUAAAACUAAAAAUAAACUUUAGAAUCUGGACCUAUGAAAACUAAAAAUAAACGUUAGAAUAUGGACCUAUUAAAACUAAGAAUAAACUUUAGAAUAUGGACCUAUUAAAACUAAAGAUAAACUUUAGAAUAUGGACCUAUUAAAACUAAAGAUAAACUUUAGAAUAUGGAACUAUUAAAACUAAGAAUAAACUUUAGAAUAUGGACCUAUUAAAACUAAAGAUAAACUUUAGAAUAUGGACCUAUUAAAACUAAAGAUAAACUUUAGAAUAUGGACCUAUUAAAACUAAAGAUAAACUUUAGAAUAUGGACCUACUAAAACUAAAGAUAAACUUUAGAAUAUGGACCUAUUAAAACUAAGAAUAAACUUUAGAAUAUGGACCUAUUAAAACUAAGAAUAAACUUUAGAAUAUGGACCUAUUAAAACUAAGAAUAAACUUUAGAAUAUGGACCUAUUAAAACUAAAAAUAAACUUUAGAAUAUGGACCUAUUAAAACUAAAGAUAAACUUUAGAAUAUGGACCUAUUAAAACUAAGAAUAAACUUUAGAAUAUGGACCUAUUAAAACUAAAGAUAAACUUUAGAAUAUGGACCUAUUAAAACUAAAGAUAAACUUUAGAACAUGGACCUAUUAAAACUAAGAAUAAACUUUAGAAUAUGGACCUAUUAAAACUAAAGAUAAACUUUAGAAUAUGGACCUAUUAAAACUAAAGAUAAACUUUAGAAUAUGGACCUAUUAAAACUAAAGAUAAACUUUAGAAUAUGGACCUAUUAAAACUAAGAAUAAACUUUAGAAUAUGGACCUAUUAAAACUAAAGAUAAACUUUAGAAUAUGGAACUAUUAAAACUAAAGAUACACUUUAGAAUAUGGACCUACUAAAACUAAAGAUAAACUUUAGAAUAUGGACUUAUUAAAACUAAGAAUAAACUUUAGAAUAUGGACCUAAUAAAACUAAAGAUAAACUUUAGAAUAUGGACCUAUUAAAACUAAAGAUAAACUUUAGAACAUGGACCUAUUAAAAGUAAAGAUAAACUUUAGAAUAUGGACCUAUUAAAACUAAGAAUAAACUAUAGAAUAUGGACCUAUUAAAACUAAGAAUAAACUUUAGAAUAUGGACCUAUUAAAACUAAGAAUAAACUUUAGAAUUUGGACCUAUUAAAACUAAGAAUAAACUUUAGAAUAUGGACCUAAUUAAAACACUCAGAAGAAGAGGAUGAUUAAAAUGAUAUGAUAAAAGACGAGCCUUAAAUGCGUGUACAUUUCUUGUGAGUGGGAGGUUUGUUUAUUGACUUGGAUACUUGAACGUCUUUGAGGUUGGUGACGUGAUCAUGCGUGUUGGUAGAGCCGGAAGUGGGGUGUGGUGGAUGACCAACUAAGGUUUUCAUCCUUUACACACAUAACCCACAGAUAUGCUAUAUAUAUAAUAUAUAUAUAUAUAUAUAGAUAUAUAUAUAUAUAUAUAUAAUAUAUAUAUAUUUAUAUAUAUAUUUUUAGUUUACAAAUCCUUCACAUAUUAUAUGGUGUAAUAGAUUAAAAAAUACUCACUCGUUACAUAUGGUUAUAAAUUACUUAAUUACAUUUGGUUAUUGUCUUAUUAUUUUUUUUUUUUUUUUUUUGUAGUUUUAAAAAAAAAUUUCCAAUUAGAUAUGGUCACAGACAACAAAACAUUAACUAAUUAUAUAUGGUUAAUUACCAAUGAUAUAUGGUCAUAGAUUACAAAAUAUCACUUAUUGUAUAUCUUUAUAGAAUACAAAACAUUCUCUAAUUAUUGAGCAACAUGACUCCACAGUUCUUUGACUUGAACGGCACAGUCCACGACACUGAGUUCGGGGUGCUUCUGGUCAAGCAGGCGGUCGACAGAUUUACCAGACAGUAUCCUGACUUCAGCGGUGCUAAAGUUAUCAUAUCCGGUCUCCGGUAAGACGUCACGCAGUGAAUGAUGUCAUUUUUUGCUAAGAUUCUUUCAUUAAAAAAAUUAGUGUCACUGCUUUUUUUUUUGAGAUUUUAAUUCAUUUCGAGCGACUGACCGCCGUCUCCCUCGUUAACACAACAUUUUACCACAUGAGUUCAAAGUUUUAAUUGCUAUUAACAUACCAGGGAAUCCCCGAUAACUGUAGCUAUUAAACAAGAUCCACCGCACUGAUGCACAUAUUAGUAAUUUUGUUAGAUUAGUGGUUCUCAAGCUGUGGGUCGUGACCCUAUUUUUGGGGGUCAAACGACCCUCACACAGGGGUCGCCUACAACCAUCGGAAAACACAUAUUUACGAAGUAGCAACGGAAAGAAAUGUAUGGUUGGGGGGGGGAGGGUCACCACAACAUAAGGAAGUGUAUUAAAGGGUCGUGUCAUUAGGGUGGUUGAGAAACACUGUGCUAGAUUAUGAAAUGUAACCAUUUUUUUUCCAAAGAUCAGACUAUAUUGAUUGCAACUUGCAAGCACACGUCCCUAAAUACAUUUUAUUGAGAAUUUAAGACUCUAAAAAAAUGUAUAUAAUAUUCACUGUUAUAUUUCCCACUUAAGUAAGCAUUUACAGGAGUGAGCAUUAUACAAGGGAGAUAAACAUUGAUGUUUUUGGUCAAGUAGGAAUCGCCCUGUGCCUGUGAUCCUUGAACAAAUCAAAACAACGAUGGCCCUGCAGGACAAGUACCCGGACCUCGUGAUUGGCUACGACCUCGCUGGAAACGAGGCCGCCUUCAAACCGUUCACCUUCUACAUCGAUGCCCUGCUGUACCCGUCCAGACAAGUCCCGCCGUACAAACUACCAUAUUUCUUACACGCGGGCGAGACCAGUAAGUCACACAUAGUCACGGCUAAAGGCCUGGCGCCCAAGCGUUCACAUCAUUAGAGUUUCUCUCGGGAUUUGGGGCUCGGGGUCGGGGGGGGGGGGGGGGGGGGGCCCCUUCUUCCCCUCCCCCCCCCCCCCCCCCCCAGAACAUCAGCUUCCACGGUCUCCGUAGCAAAAGGUGUACAUUACAAUUAUAAUAUAUUUUAUAAAAUGCUUCUGAGCUUUUAUUUUAAUUAAAAGAAAAAAAUUACAAGAUUUAGUAACUAUCGCCUUCACCGAUUACAAUUGGUGAAACCAAUCAAAAAUCACUACGUUCGUUGCAUUCGAUGAUCCGUAUAUUUCAGGCUAAUCUUUGUUUUGUGCUAACUGUAUUCGAUAAUUACCUUGACCUCUGCUUAAAGUUGGCUUUUUGUAAUGUCGUUUUGUUGGCUUCCCUUAUCAUCCUUGUGGACCUGUCCUUUAAUCGCAAUCUCGGUCGUCCCACAAGCAUCGUCAAAUCUACAUACACGGGAUUAUAAGAAUGUGUAAUACGAUCUUCUUCCAUUCUCCUUACAUGGCCUAACCCUUACCAAGGCGUCUUUAACUAAUAAAGAAGUACACGCUAAACAUUUUGGCAUUUUUCAAGACCUCAAGCGUUUGUUAUAAACUUAAUUUUUCUAGAUGAGAAUCCAGUGGAAAGCUUUUACAAAGACACUUUUUGAGACCUAGCAUUUCAAUUACACGCCAAUUACAUUUUUAUUUAUUUAUAUUGUGUGUGUGUGGGGGGGGUGUACUAGAUUUGUUUAAGAGAGUGUUCUGUAUAAAUCAUUAAUUACAAAAAAAAUUCUAUGGAUUUGGUUUAAAAAAUGUGUUAAGUAUAUCGAAAAUUGUAUUUGUAAAUUAUCUGCAUCAAGUUAUAAUAGUUUUAAAUUCCAUAUAAACAUUGCAAGCAACUAAAUUUUAUACUUUAUAUUUAUACGAUUGACCACAUACAAAAUCACACUUUUAUAAAUAUAUUAUGAUGUUUGGUGUGUAAGUAUCUCAUAUCUCCUCAACAUUAUUAUGUCAUUCAAAUAUUGCUGAUCAUUCGCGUGUGAAGAUUACCAAGGCUUCGACUUGAGUAGUGGCCUUGACUUGAGUAGUGGCCUUGACUUGAGUAGUGGCCUUGACUUGAGUAGUGGCCUUGACUUGAGUAGUGGCCUUGACUUGAGUAGUGGCCUUGACUUGAGCUGUAUAAUGAGAGAGAGUUGCUCAAUCCAUCAGCCUCACUCUCUCGUCCUUGCCUAUUUCCCAAGGCAAGGUUUGGUCAAACUGAUUCGAAAUAGUCCAUGCUGCAGGAUUCUUUUCGAGAGGCAAUUUUUUAUAUAUAUCUGUGUCUACUGUCGAGUAAGUGCUGUGUUUGGCUGAUCUGUGUUUCUGUCAGAUUCGUGAGUUUGAAGACUGGAUUGUGCUUCUCUAGAGAGCAGCGCCAUGCAGUGGCGUAGCGAGGGUGUUUGGCGCCCGGGGACAGGAUUCCCGCCCAGGGACAAGAUCCAUUUUAGCGCCCCUUUUUCUUUUUUUUAAACUCUCAAACCCAUUAUUUUCAUCAAUAAAAUAAUAUCAAAGCACAUUUUGGCGCCCCUAACUAGCUGGCGCCCGGGGACAUCUGUCCCCCCCCUGCCCCCACCUCUGGCGCCAUGUGUUUGAAUUAUUACAGGAGCAGAUUUUAAAGACCUAGGAUCACAGUUGCGUUGUUUUUAGAAUAGGAGUUGGGUUGAGUUUGUAAUCUGAGUAUGACGUAUGAGCGUGUAGACGGGAGAAAAUACUUCAAUAGGUUAAUAGCAUCAAUCUCUGUCCAAAAUUAAGACUGGCAAGGUACAGCAGCAGACGACAACCUCGCCGAUGCCAUCCUGCUAAACUCGACCCGAAUCGGCCAUGGCUUCGCCUUGAGCAAACACCCCAGACUGGCUCAAUUGGUUAAAAGCAAAGAUAUAGCUGUGGAGGUCCAGCCCAUUUCUAAUCAGGUCAGAUAGCAGGGACCUGGGAACAUCGCUGUGCAAUACUUCUAAAUACUUUAUUUAAUGUAAAUUAAUGAGCAUCAUUCAUUAAUUUAAGAUAUAAUUUAAUUAACUAUUAUCUUACUAAGCUCAAUGCGUGUUUCUUUUUAAACAUAUCAACAUACAUAUUUGCAAACUGUCGUUGAAUUAAGUUCUUAAAUUCAAUGACGUCACAGGUCUUGAGACUGGUCAGCGACUUCCGGAAUCACCCUAUGGCCGGAUUAAUGGCAGCCGACUUCCCCAUCGUCAUUGGAACCGAUGACCGCACAACCCUGGGAACAAGUCCCCAGUCCCACGAUUUCUAUAUCGCAUUUAUGACCAUGUCCAGUGAGAAAGCUGACCUGACCUUCUUGAAACAACUGGCCCUGAACUCUUUAAGGUAGAAUGGACUAUGGAACAAAGAUUCCGAUAAUUAUCGGAGGAAAAAAAAUAUAAUAAUUAUAGAGUUUAUUUAGUUAAAUAGAAGGAUUUGAUAUUAAGUUGAUGACAUAUAAGUACUUAUGAAUAUAUAAAGAAACACAAACAGAUAUUCUCUUCUAUAAUAGCUUUAUUGCGCUCACAAACACCAAAUGAAGCACACAAUGAGAAAUUAAAAUGUUCACUUUAUGCUUGAAAAUACCAGGAAUUAAAUCACAUCAUUUUUUUUUUUCUUUUUCAAACUAUCGAUGCCACUGUCGUCUCCAGGUACAGUCAAAUGAACGCAGUUGAAAAAGACAACGCUUUGAAAAUAUGGAAUUAUCAAUGGGACAAGUUCAUCACUGAGACUGUUGCAUUGUUUUAGAUGGCUAUUGUUUAUGUAUUACGCCAGUCUAAGAAUAACAUGGUGUAAGAGAAAUUAGUUUAUUAGUUGAUAAUCGAAAGAGAGACAGAGAGAGAAAGGGAGAGGGGGGGGAGAUAGAGAGAGAGACAGAGACAGAGAGACAGAGAGAGAGACAGAGAUAUAUUCAGUCUGCCUUGUAUAUUUUUUUUUAAAAGACGCAUGGAUUUUUUUGUUAUCAGACAGAUGGGCGAAAAACAAAGCAGCUGAAGGUUUUUAUGAAGCACUAGUCAUACAUAGCUCGCCAAAUGUUGGCCACAGAAAUGCGUGAAUUUCUCCUCUACCAAAGUUACUUGACAAAAUAUGAACUCAAGUAACGCACAUUUAAGAAUCCAAAUUUUUGCUGCUCCCCUUCCCCCCAUGAUACGUCACUGCACACUUUUUAUUUCACGCCCAUGAACUAUAUUAAUAUUCUGAUGUCCCAACCAUUUUCAAACCGAAUAUUUAUCACAGCAUAUUUAAAUGGAGAUAAUUCACUUUCCGAAAAGAAAAUAUUACGAACCAAACGCAGUUAUGUCAUUUAAAAUAAACACCAUUUAGCGUAGUUAAGGGCAAUUAUAUUUUUUGCGCUUUCUGGAAAUGGAAGCAGUCACACCACGAGCAAAAAACCAAAAAGAAAAAAACCAAGAAGAUAUGUUUGGCAACCGAAUACCUUAUUUUUCUUUAUAUGAGUGCCAGUGAAAAGAUACAAAGUGACCGAAAUUUAAAUUUUGAGCUCAACUGAAUUUCUGGCGAAACUUGAGGAGAAAUAACUUUGGUUUUAAAAAAAAAAAAUAUAUAAAAAAUUCAGCUUAAUGUGGUCAUCUCAGUUUUGUAUCAACCUUGGAUUUUUGAAAUCCUUCAUUUUAUUGUCGCUUUUGUCGGGCAGGGUGUGUGGCAAGAAUCUUCGGACGGCUAACCGAGACUCUUCCCGUCAACCUAUCGAGCUUAAAAACCUGGCACAUUGCCACGUUGGCGAUACCAAGACAUUCUGUCAAAUGUUCAGCCCCCGCCCCCCAAUCCUAACCCCCCAUCAAAAAUGCUGUUCCGGUUUUCCAAGGGGAAGAUAAAGGACAUGUGAUUUCACGGAAUAAAAUUCCAGUUACCUGCCCUACAUGAAUUUUUUUUUAAAUAUUGCAAGAGCGUUUGGUGCGUAAUAAUUUCUUUCGUUUUUUUCUAAUGUAGUUGUUGAAAUAAAUCUGCUGUGUAAAAGUGGGUGGGUCAAACGCAUAUUAAUAUAGUUCAGGGGGAUGAAACAAAUGUGUCAUAGCGAGCCUGGCGCGGGGGGGGGGGGGGGGGGUGAGAACAAAUUUGGGUUCUUGUAAAGGGGGUUACUUAAAGGCAUGAUUUGUCAAAUUUAAUUAUAUUUUGCAUUUUAUAAUAAGUUUUUUUAUUCAUACGAGACACUUUUUUUAGUUGUUGUUUCGUUUCAAAUGAUUUAGUCGGCUUUUGGCUGGUACCAAUUUUAUGUUCUUUUUUUUUUUUAAUGAUGUAUGAUUCCGAAUAAAAUAUAUAUAAAAACAGAUAGAGUGAGAACAAACAAACUUGUACUGUGUUUUAAGACUUUUUUUCUUUUGAAAUCCUUUUAAGGUUCUUAAAUAGUCGAAUCCCUAAAUGAAUUUCUAAAAGGUCUGAAACCAGAACUGCAACAAGUUAAUUCAUACAAGUAACACUUCAAAAAAUAUCGUUCGUUUCUUUAACCCAUUUGUUUCUGCUUGUCUGCCAACCGAGAUGUGACUUCAAGAGAUUUUUUAAAAAGCCCCCGAACCCUUCCCAAAACAUGUGUGGUCGGGUUGAUAAAUUUUUUUCCUCCUAAAAUAAACCAAUCACACAGCAGCGUGCUAGUCAAUGAUAGCACCCUAAGUACAACACAGUGAGAAUCUAUUUUUAGCUUAACGUUAGUUUAGUGGCGGCUAUGACGUAAUAUAUAUCAUUUUUUUAAUAAUUGGAAGUGCAGGUCUGGUAAAGUUCACUUAAUCUCUAAAGAAAAAAAAUUCGGAAAAAAAAAUGGAGAAAAAACGUCCUGCAUCGUGACCUAUUAUGACGAUAGGUAGAGAUGACGUCAUUUCCCGUGGGUGAAGUCGAAUAUCGCGAGAUGUCUUUGUUGUUGUUUAUAGCUAACGUUGAUGGCAAAUUAAAAAAGAUUUAAAAGUUAUUGCUGUAUCUGCCAUUGGUUAUAUCUAAAUACUACUGAGAGAUAACGUCUGGUCUAUGAAUGAAUUCAUAUGGGAAGGGACUACCACAUUCUAAUGAGAGGCUGUGUCUGGACAGUAAAAAUAUGCAUGAUAAUCACACUCAGACUGCAAUAGCUUAGCAUCAUGGCAGGAAAUUUAGUAGAAAAGUCGAGUAUUGCAAGCAGGAACGGUAGUGUUAAAGUUGAGUAUUGCAAGCAGGAACUGUAGUGUUAAAGUUAAGUAUUGCAAGCAGGAACUGUAGUGUUAAAGUUGUUUAGGAAUUGUAGAGAUAGGGAUGAAAACUUGGGACUGGAC